AUGCCCCGCGGCGCAGAAUACGACGACGGCGUCCCCCACAGCGACAACGCUGUCGAAGCAGGCCAGACGAAGGUCCACGGUGCCGGCGACUCUAACGCCCAAAUGGGCCGCGUGUUCAGAACUGCCGAGUUCCCGGAGGCUGCUAAAGAGCUUUCUGGCAACGCGACGAGCUUUGGCGGCAGUGCUGGCCACUCGAGUGGAAAGGGAGGCCAUGAGCCGAAGUCUUUGGGAGAGCAUAAGGGUCUGGGCGCCCAUAAGGCUUGA